AUGAAGGCUCUCAUCCUUGUCGGCGGUUUUGGUACACGGCUUCGACCUCUCACGCUAACUUUGCCUAAGCCCCUGGUAGAGUUCUGCAAUAGGCCUAUGAUAUUGCAUCAAAUAGAAGGACUUGUUAAGGCAGGAGUAACGGAUAUUGUCUUGGCAGUGAAUUAUCGCCCAGAGAUUAUGGUAUCCAUUCUGAAGAAAUAUGAAGAACAAUAUAAAGUUACCAUUACAUUUUCAGUUGAAAACGAACCUUUGGGAACCGCCGGCCCUCUCGCAUUGGCGAGAGAGAUUCUGGGAAAAGAUCAAUCGCCUUUCUUCGUCCUCAACAGUGAUAUUAUAUGCGAAUAUCCAUUUGAACAACUCCGAGACUUUCACAAUGAUCACGGUGCAGAGGGUACCAUUGUUGUCACUAAAGUAGAUGAGCCUUCGAAAUAUGGUGUCAUUGUUAAUCAUCCAAAUACCACACGUAUUCAACGUUUUGUUGAAAAACCUACAGACUUUGUCAGUAAUAAGAUUAAUGCUGGCAUAUAUAUUUUCAAUCCCAAUAUUUUGGAUCGAAUUGAGCUAAAACCAACUAGCAUCGAGAAGGAAGUCUUCCCAUUCAUGGCGAAAGAUAACCAACUACAUGCUUUCGAAUUGGAUGGUUUCUGGAUGGAUGUCGGCCAACCGAAAGAUUUUCUAACUGGCACGUGUCUGUACUUAUCGAACGUAGCACAUCGACGACCACAACUGCUAGCCAACCCGAAUCUUCACUAUGUUCAUGGAAACGUGCUUAUCGAUCCCAGCGCCAAGAUUGGCGAGGAUUGCAGAAUCGGUCCUAACGUGACAAUUGGUCCAAAUGUUGUGAUCGGAGAUGGUGUCAGAUUACAGAGAUGUGUUGUGCUUGAGGGAGCAAGAAUUAAAGACCAUUCUUGGGUAAAAAACUGUAUUAUUGGAUGGCAUUCUACUUUGGGUCGAUGGACACGUCUCGAGGGAGUCUCCGUGCUUGGAGAUGAUGUCAGUAUCAAUGAUGAGCUUUAUGUGAAUGGCGGGUGCAUUUUGCCUCACAAAUGUAUCUCUACCAGUAUUCCAGAACCUCGGAUUAUUAUGUAG